AUGAACGUACUGGAAACUAUCAAAGAAGGAGGACAAGACCGCCGGAAACUAUGUGACGAGAUCACGGUGCUGUGGAUGAUCUUGAGAAAUUUAGAGAUCCAAUUCGCUCCUUCGAAUGCAGGCCAGGAUGUAUCAUGGAUGAAACCGAUCGAUUCUCUAGCUGAGCCGAAUGGGGUAUUCGAACAGCUUCAGAAGUCAUUGGAUGAGGUAUGGGAGAAGGUCACUAUGAGCGAAUCCAAGAGACAAAAGUUCAAACAGACCCUGAGAUGGCCAUUGGAUCAAAGCUACGUGGACCGAACCAUUGCUCGCAUCGAACGACUCAAGUCUUCUAUAAUUCUCGUCGCAAAUCAAGCCAACAUCACACUAGCACGAGAAAUGCGAGAAGACGUAUUCCAGGUCAAACAAGUCGCUACUGAUGGCCAGUUCAAGACGGUCCUUGAUUGGCUCUGCCCGCUAAAUUUAGGUCAUUCAAUGGUUGGGCUAUCUGGCAAUGAUCGAUGGUUAUGGUGUCACGGUAUUCCCGGUGCUGGUAAAACUUUUCUCGCUUCAAGUACAGUAGCCGAGCUCCAGCGAACGCAGAAGUCCGAGGAAGUACUCAUACUCGUACUGUUCUGUAGUUAUGAUACAGCCGACUCGCAAUCCGUUGAUAAUCUUGUUACCAGCUUGCUCAAACAAGCUGUACAGUGUCGCAAAAGCCUCCCGGAAAAGUUGCAGGCAAAGUACAAGGAGCAUGGCACCGCGGGGACAAAGCCGAAGCUAACAGAGAUAUUGGACAUUUUGAAUGAAGUAAUAGCUUCCAGUCCGAAGACUUUCAUCAUUCUCGAUGCGCUUGAUGAACUAGCAGAAGAUUCUAAGCGCACCACGAUUCUGGAUAUAAUAUAUAAUCUUCGAGGGAGGCCCAAGAUGAUGGUCACUUCUAGGGAGAUCGAGAGCAUCGCAAACCGUUUCGGCAGCAGCGGAGUCUAUUGUGAUGGAUGUAGUAAGGAUUCUCCUGAGAUCUAUUACCACUGCGAGGGCUGUGACGAUUUCGACUUGUGCGAAGACUGUCGAUGUAAUGGACCAUCUCAUCCACACGCAUUCACGAAAACGUAUAGCAGUACCCAAAUACGCAUAUCUGCACGAGCAGAAGAUGUCGAAAACUAUAUCUCACGGCGCAUCGAGGUUGAGGAAGAUUUGCAUCGCAUGGUAGGAGAGAAUCAAGACCUGCAGGAACGCAUUCUCAGCGAGAUUGUUGAAAACGCAAAAGACAUGUUCCUCUUGGCUAGGUUCCAUAUGGACGCCUUGGCCGAUUGUCUCAACAUUUCGGAGAUCGAAAUCGCUCUCAGAAGCUUGCCCCAGGGAAUCAACGAUACUUACGAUCAAGUAAUGCAGAGGAUCGAGAAGCUCAGCGUCAAUCGUCGACGAGCCGUCAAGAGGCUGCUUCAAUGGGUUUCAUACUCCAAACGCCCGCUUACUAUUAGAGAGCUGGAACAUGCAAUCGCAGUUUCUCGGGGCGCACGGGAGCUGCAGGCAGAUCACAUCAUUAGUGCCAAAGUCCUCACGUCGCUAAGCGCUGGCAUCGUCAUUGUUGACGAGAACGAAAGAGUUCGCCUGACUCACAAAACGGCCGAAGAUUACUUCAUAAACCGACGUGAGACAUUCUUCUCCGAUGGUGAUGUAGAGAUAACAGAAAGAUGUCUUGCUUAUCUCCAGCUUGCUACCUUCGAAUCCGGUCCAUGCGACGAUACCUCCAGCAGGUUGUUCGAUGCGAGAUUGAAGGACUAUCCAUUCUACGGUUACGCCAGUCUCUACUGGGCCGAUCAUGCACGGAACUGUGAUCCACAGAUCAUAUCACCACAAGCACUGUUGUUCCUACGCAGAAAAUCUCUAUUAGAAGCUUCAGUUCAAGCACUAUGGCAUCUUGACACCGAGUCGGAAAACAGCUGGGAUGUUGCUGGCGGGAUCGAUGCUUUACACUUCGCCUCGUACUAUGGGUUGAACCACAUUGUCGCGCAAUUGUUGAACGAAGGUGGAGAUCCAAAUGUUCGCGAUUCGCUUGGGACAACACCUCUCAUAUAUGCGUGUGCUAGAGGCCAUGCUCAGGUAGCCGAAACUUUACUUGAAGCUGGUGCAUUGGCCCAUUUUGUAGAUCGUCGCGGUUCUACGGCACUGCUUGGCAGUGUCAAAAACCGGCAUCUCGAAUUGACGCGAAUGAUUCUCAAAGAGAAGGAUGUGUCAAUCAACACUUUCCACAAGCCCUUCAACAAUUAUACAGCAUUGAUGUUGGCAGCUUGGAACAGCGACCCUCACACGGUAGAUGCCCUUCUGCAGAGGCCUGACCUCGAUGUCAAUCUAUCGCCUCCAAAUUCACGGUCGAAUUGUCUCAUCAUAGCUACUUGCGAUGACGAAAAGGAGUGUGUGAAGGAGCUUUUACGGCACCCUUCUAUUGAUGUCAACCACCAAGAUCUCUCAGGAUACACAGCUACUCACUACGCAGCUUUAAAUGGUUAUGUCGAUACAUUGGAGCUCUUACUCAAUGCUGGCGCUGAAACUAGCAUACAAGACGAUCAGGGUGGAAGGCCACUACAGCGAGCCAUAGAUUACGGCUGCCUGAACACAGUUGAACUCUUGCUAAAGCAUAAAGCGGACUACAUGUUCAAAGAUCUCCUCGGCAGAACCAUCCUUCAUGCGGCAGCUGUAAAUCAUAGGGCAAGAAUUCUGAAACAUCUUCUCGAAACAUGUAAAGAUCUGAAUAUCGAUACUCAGGGCAAUGGGGGAGAAACCGCUUUACAUGAUGCGGCUGGACAUGGGCACUUGGCCACGGUGAAGGUGUUGCUCAAGUUUGGUGCCCGGACCGACGUCAAGAAUAAAGCUGGAUUUACGCCUGUUCGCCUCGCGCAUGAGUUUGGCCGGACUGACGUUCUUGAGGCACUGCGCAAAGCCCGUGGAAAAGAAAUCAACCCAGAAGAGAAGCUUGACGCCACAUCGAUACGAAGGGCUGAUACGUUCGAAAACGCUCCCGAAAUAUCAUUGGCUACUGCUGUGCAGUUCGAAUCAACAGCAGUGCUCAAAACAAAAGUUAAGCUGGCAAAUUUUGAGGAUUUGAAUGAACCAUCGGCAGCGUUCGACCUCACUCUACUUCAUCUUGUCUGUGAGGUUCCUCGACUGGAAGUUGUCGAAAUGCUUCUUGAAGCUGGCGUGUUCGUGGAUCCACUGGACUCUUUUUCCCGCACACCGCUCAUACUCGUAUGCCAGCAAGGCGAGACCGAUAUAGUUGAAGCACUCGUCAAGCACGGGGCCAACGUGAACCAUUCAUUUGGCUCCAAAAAGCCGUGGGAGAUUGCCAUAGAGAGCCGUGCAACAGACACCGCUAUGUUCCUAUUGUCACAAACUCAAACAGAAGUCGAUAUUAACAGUCGCUUCAUCUCUAGGGCCUUAGGUUGGGCUGCAGCACUCGGGGAGCUUCAAGCCUGCCAAAAGUUGGUCGAAAGCGGAGCGCCGAUCCAUCUGAAAAAUGCGGAUGGCAUGACGCCUUCUCAGAUUGCGGCAAAUUGGGAGCAGGACGAAGUUGAAAAAUACCUUGCUGAACAAGAGGCGGAAUAUAGAGUGGCCGAGCCGGACAACGUUCCAGCUUCCUGGGAUCUGGAGGAUACUCAAAGUAGUGGGGAAAGUAAAGAUACCUUGCAAAUGCCAUCGGCACACCCGCCAGCAACAGAAAAAAACCUCGCGGAGACGAUGCAGCCACACGAAUACUCGAACCUUGCUAUCCUCCUGCAACCAUCAUACCCGAGCUAA